CUGGUCCCCCAGGGGGGGAACCAGGGGAGGGGCCAGAGUAAAGCGGAGGCGGGGCGCACGGUGCUACGGCUGAGUGGAAGGAGAGUGGAAAGUAAGAAAAUACCUGAAUGGACGAUCCGGAAUAAAUCUCAGCAACCUCAGCUCUCCCCUGUUGCAACUCUCCUGCCCAUCAUCCUCUCCCACCCCUAUUCCUUCCUCAUCAUCUCCUCGUUUUAGCCUCCCCUGCCCUCCCAUCCUCCCUUCUCUUGCUCCCCCCUCAUCGGCCUCCAAGAUAGAUUCCCUCAGGAGUAAGGUUGACCUACUCAAACUGCCCCUGGCUCUCUCCACCAAGUCCAUCUCCGAGCGCAAAAACCAACUGGGAGGCGUCGGCGAGCAGCGCGGCACGGCGGGAGGAGGCGGGGCUCGUAAAGCCCGCUCACCGCCGACCCGAGACAUGGACAACGAGUCGCAGUACUCGGGCUACUCAUACAAGUCCUCCCAUUCCCGAAGCUCCCGAAAGCACAGGGAUCGACGGGACCGUCACCGCUCCAAGAGUCGAGACAGCGGCAGUCGUGGAGACAAAUCGGUCACCAUCCAAACACCCGGAGAGCCGCUUCUCGAUGCAGAGUCGACCCGCGGAGAUGACAGGGAUGACAACUGGGGAGAGACCACCACUGUGGUCACUGGCACCUCAGAGCACAGCAUCUCAAACGAGGACCUGACCCGCGUCACCAAAGAUUUGGAGGAGUCAACUCCACUGGAGUGCAAACGUUUUGUGGGUCCGGCGUUGGGAGGCUGCCUGAGCUUCUUUGCUCUGGUCACGCCAUUAGCCUUCCUCAUCCUGCCGCAGGUCUUGUGGCGUGACGCCCUCGAGCCUUGCGGCACGCCCUGCGAGGGCCUCUACGUCUCCCUGGCCUUCAAGCUCUUGGUCCUGCUCAUCUCCUCCUGGGCUCUGUUCCUCCGCCCUCCCCGCGCCACCCUCCCGCGCUUUUUUGUCUUCCGCUGCCUCCUGAUGGUGCUGGUGUUCCUGUUUGUGGCGUCGUACUGGUUGUUCUACGGCGUGCGUGUGUUGGAGCCCAGAGAACGGGACUAUAGGGGGAUUGUGGAGUAUGCUGCCUCGCUGGUGGAUGCGCUGCUCUUCAUCCAGUACCUGGCUCUGGUGCUGCUGGAAGUCCGACACCUUCAGCCAGCCUUCUGCCUUAAGGUGGUGCGGAGCACGGAUGGUGCCAGCAAGUUCUACAACGUGGGCCACCUCAGCAUCCAGCGGGCAGCUGUCUGGGUUUUGGACCGUUAUUACAGCGACUUCCCCGUCUAUAACCCAGCUCUCCUCAACCUGCCCAAGUCCAUCCUGUCCAAGAAGAUGACAGGCUUCAAAGUUUACUCUCUGGAUGAAAACACCACCAAUAACUCCACAGGCCAGUCCCGGGCCAUGAUAGCAGCUGCUGCCAGACGGAGAGACAACUCCCACAACGAGUAUUACUACGAGGAGGCCGAGAUGGACCGAAGGGUCCGCAAACGGAAGGCCAGGUUGGUGGUGGCAGUGGAAGAGGCCUUCACGCAUAUCAAGCGCCUCCAAGAGGAAGAGGUGGCCUCAUCUCCCAAGCACCCCAGAGAGGUAAUGGAUCCUCGAGAGGCAGCCCAAGCCAUCUUUGCCCCGAUGGCCCGGGCCAUGCAGAAGUACUUGAGAACCACACGGCAGCAGGCCUUCCACAGUAUGGAGAGCAUCCUCACACACCUUCAGUUCUGCAUCACGCACAACAUGACGCCCAAGGCUUUCCUGGAGCGUUACCUCACCGCCGGCCCCACCAUGCAGUACCAGCAGCAGAACGGUAGGGGGCGCCAGUGGACUCUGGUGAGCGAGGAGCCGGUGACCUCAGCCCUGCGUCACGGUUUGGUCUUCUCCCUCCGACGCCUGGACUUCUCCCUUGUUGUCACGGUGACGCCGCUCCCCUUCCUGCGGCUCGGGGAGGAGUUCAUCGACCCAAAGAGCCACAAGUUCGUCAUGAGGCUGCAGUCUGAGACCUCGGUGUAAAGGCGUCCAAUAAAACGUCUUCUUUUUCCUACACUUUCCUCUCCCCUCGUGCUAACUCCUCCUGGAUCACUGAUGCGGUGGGACAUGCGGAGGCCAUGUGGUCUAUUCUCGCCCAAUCAUUUCCCCUCUCAUCAACAAACAAACCAUUCAGAGAGGAACAUCUCUGCGGGCCUCAUCCUUCCUGUUUUGUGAUCAUCACAGAUGCUUUGCGUCAGACUGUGAUCAGCUCAACGAUUGUUCAAACCCUGGAAGUAAACCGAUGCCUUGACCUUUUCUUUUCUUGACAAUGUCUUUACGGCACACUGUAAAAUUCUUUGCUCCUCUAAACGGGGACUUUUCCUCCUUUUGCCUCUUCUUUUUGCUGUAACCACUGGACUAGUUUACUGUGCUGACUCAACACGUAAACACCAGAGGAAGGGGAUUACAUCACAUGUGUCACUUCCUCUUAUUUGUGUCUUAAAAAUCAGUCCAACUGGAUUUCAGCUCUGACUGCAAACGCUGAUAUACCACUGCCCUCUGGUCCCCUGUCAGUCGUUGUGUUUAACAUAAGCAGGACUGUUGUUGUUGUUUUUUUUUACAUAUAUAUGUUAGAGGAGUGACUUUUUAACUUUCAGAAUGUAGCAUUUUGUGCAGUGAGUUAACAUGUUCUCUCUUGUGGCCUCGAAGGGCCAGUAUGUCCUUUUUUUUUAAAAAAAAUUUAUGUGACUAUUAAGCAAAAUGGAAGUACAUUCCUAACUCACUGCAACUCCAAACUGUAUGUUCAUGAUUGUUUAAAUAUGCAGCUUUAGUUUAUUUAACACUGGUACUUUUACUAUUGAUGUCACCGUUUUAGCAGGACGUGUUACAGAAUAAAAAUGACAUUUUCACCUGGUAUUAACUGAGAUUCUGAACAUUACUUGCGUGAGGAUCUUAAAGUGUGAGCUUGACGGUGUUCUGAAUUUUUCAUACUGUCAACAAAUCCAGCAAAAAGACCGACAGUGCACUCGUCUCGAGUGUCAUUACUUGGAAUCUAUUCAUUGCUGCUACUUCCUAAGAACAACUUAUACAUGCAUUAUGCUGUUAUUAUUCUUUUUUUAACUCAUGGAUACUAUGUUUUUGGAAAUGUUACUCAUGCCUAAGUAGUAAGUGGAUUUACUCAGUGCUAUUUGUAGCUGGUUACUUUUAGAUACAAUUGAGUAUUUUUGGCAGCAGGAUGGCGUGAGUGGAAGAAUAAAUCGCACAGCAAUGGAAAAACUGGAGCCAGUAACAGGCCGAUGCCACUCUUUACAGAGUAAAACAUUUCUAAUAUCACAUAAUGGCUGAUAUUUUCAGAAUAUUAGAUUCUUUAGUAAGUUAUACUCGCGCUUUAUGUUCUGUCUGCUAGUCAGAGUCUCUCCAAUGGACAAACUAAAAAUAUGUCUUGAUAUCAGCUCGUAUCAAAGCAACGUGUAUGCUGAUACUGAAAUAUGUGUACUAGUGGAUUUUAACCUGAUGUAUCGGUGAUCUUUUUUUUGGGGGGGGGGGUUAAUAAUUGACUGGGGGUAUUUUUGGUCUUUUUAUGGCUUUUAUUUGACAAUAUGAAAAACAAGAGUAUUACCAGCCUCACUCUUUAAUGCAAAUGCGAUCUGCGCGUCCGAUAUGUUGAAAUGCUGGUAGAAUCUUUGCAUUUUAAGCGAUAAAAUCUGCAGAUUUUCCGUGACUGAUUGGGGGGAAAAAAAGCAUACUCUGUGCUAAAUUCAAGUUAACUGUUUGUGCAACCAUGUUUCAAGAGUUUCCUUAACAGAUACCGACAGAGUUGCUGCAUUAUCGAGGGUAUAUUUAGAUUCUGCAGAAGAAGUUCCGCCUGCACACUAACUCUAAGCCACCCUAAUAAUCAGAUAACAGCAUUUUGAGUCACUGUGUGCAGGCGCUCAUCUGUCAUAAAACCUCAGUCCAUCGGAAAAUGCCCUGAUUAUUAAUAUUGGAAGCGAAAUAAUAGUGUAUUGUUACAGUGUAAUACCAGGUGUAAAUGUAGUCAGUCUCACACUUCUUACACAAUUAAAUGAAUCCAGAUGUGGCAGCUGUAGUUUAACUAUGAGCUGGCUUAUUGUGGUUUUAUGGGUUGUUUUUUUUUUACAUGCAUAUCUACAAGAAUCCCAAACCAGACAUGUGAUUGUAACUCCUCUCUGCAGCUUCUCUGCAGCUCCUCUGCAGCAGUAGCUUAUCACCGCCUCGCCUUGUGCCACGAGCUGAAACGGGCACAGUGAACAUGCUGCCUAUGACCUUUCCUCAGCCUUAGUUUCCAGAUGUGGAGGAGCAGCAGACUCCGACUCCCCCACCCCUUCGUCUGCAGGUCCCGAUACUUAACCCGAUGUUUCCACCCCACAUGCUGAGCCACAGAAACAGACAAAAGCAGGCUGACUGUUUUUGUCAAAUGCGGUUUUAAAAAGUCCUUCACAUUUCUGAAAAAUGAAACAAACAAACACCAGGUCCGAUUUGUUCGAUAUUUCAUCUGAUUUUUGUAAAAAAACAAACAAACAAACAAAAAAAACAAACGAACAAAAGAAUGCAUGCAUAGAUUUAUUUUGGGCUCCAAAUCCUUUUUAUAAUAAGUUGUUUUCUAUCAUUUUUACGGUGCCUAAGUUAUGAUGAUGCAAUUUUCAGAAUGUAAAAAAAAAAAUUGUAGAUCUGUGUUGUAUUUUGUUCUUUUUGGUAACUGUAGCUUGUAUAGUGUGCUAGGCUUUUUCCAUUAUUAAACCAUUUAUUACUUACAAGUCUCCUCGUUUCCUAACUUGCAGCAUGGGGAACUUUAGUCUGUAAAGCAAAACAUGUGACUGAAGCUAAGAAGCAAAAGGAGCUGAAACUUCUUUUUUUUAAUGUGGUUGAAGAAAAUUAAUAUCUGCAUUUGAUCAUUUUGGUUUGCUUUAAUAAGAAUUUGUUCUUGAAUGCUGUUACCAAAGGCCGAUUUGGGCCUUUGGAUGUGAACAAUUUUCACCAGUUUUUCACAAGAGUUUUAGAGGAACUUCUGUCAAGUUGGGGGAUGGCAGUGCGGUAGGCGUGUGGUUUCAUAGCUUCAAAACGGACAGAGAGCCACUGACUUCCUGUUCGCUGCUUCUCAUCUCUGAGUAUAAGACACCUCGCUGACAGCCUACAAGGGGAAAAACAAAGCAGAUCAACCAUCUUAUCUUCAGCCCA